AAUACGGGGCAAAUUUUGCAUGCAAAUCUCAGAUAACCGGGCAAACGGCAUUAUAUAGCAUGAGAAGUAAUCACUCGAUUAGCUACUGCUUAAACAACAGGGAUGAUGCAAAACCCGACGGCUUUCAUGACAAUAUCGAAAGAAUCAUACGUCUUUUUACCGACAGAGGUUGUGAUAUCAAUUCCAUUGAUAACCAAGGAUUGACGGUUCUAUCUUACUUUCUAUUGAAAAGCGCUUAUCGUUUCGAAAAUGAGUUAAUUAUUUCUACAUUAUUAGAAUGUGGGGCCAACCCUAACAUUUUAACAAAAAUAUCACACCCUGAACCAUUUAUCGCAACGAAUGCCCUCUUCAUGGCUAUCAAAUACCAUUGGUCAACCGAGAUCUUGGAUUGUUUGAAAAGAUUUGGCGUGAAUGACAAGGAAAAGGACGUCAAUGGAAAUAAUAUAUUGGUGUUCUCAAUUCUCGAACGACAAAUCGAUUCAAUAAGUUGGCUAUUGAACAAUUAUUCAUGGACAAAUGACCCUAUAAUUCUGAAAGAAUCCAUCAAAUAUACAAAAUAUUUUAGCAAAGAACGAAAAAUCAUAAAAAGUUGGCGUGGGUAA